AGUAGAAUUAUGUUAUGAUCUGUGUUUACUCAGUUUACUGUUUAGUAAUUAAAAUUUGAAAUUGUUUGGUGUUCACGAUAGACUAAAAAGCGACAACAGCAUUUAAUAUUUAGUURUAAUUAGUAAUACUUUGUACCAAAAAAUUCCYAAUUAGAAAUUUUGAUUUACAUAACAUUGAGUACAGUUUGGUUUUAUCAAGUUUAAGCAUUUUAAAUGUGUCUUUUUAUGUUAAUAUUGUAAUAUGUAUAAUAUAUUUUUUUAACAUUUGAGGUUUAUAUUUUCCUCUUAAAAUGGGUGUUACAGUUAUACAACAGUUUCCAAUGAAAGAAAACCGUACAGGUGCUCAGAUAAUUGAAUUUCUUACAAAAAGAGUAAAUGCACUUGGUGCCAAACAAUGUGGUACAUUUCUUGUUGACUGUGAGACAUAUGCAUCUAUACCUCAAUUAGGUGUCCAACGAACAUUACAUGUGUUUCAUAAUUCAGAACAGCCAGCAUCGGUGUUUGCAAUCCUUGAUAAUGGUACUGGAAAAACUGUGCCUGUUGUAGCUGAUGCAUUAUUUGAUUUGCUUUUGUUGAAAAUGUCAUCUGUGUAUACCUCUAAAAAAUCUAAAGUUGAAAUUAGAGGUCCAAGAUUUGAGCUUAACGAUUUUAUUAUUAAAAUUGGUGCUAUAAAUAUUAACCACAAUGUUAAAGGCAUUAUUGUGGAGGCAGAAUAUAGACCUUGUGUUGUAUUUGGCUUUUGUUGGGAUUUGUUACGAGAAUUUCUUCAAGGGUUCUUAGGAUCUUGUGUAUCAAAUAUGCCGCCACAUUAUUUUCAAAAUCGUAUGAAUGAUAUUUUUCAACCGCUGGACACUAUUCAACAAUACUUAGAUCAUAUAACUAUUUAUAGAAAAGCCACUGGAAUUUUACAACAGUAUAAUACCAAUAAUACUUAAAUACAUUAUGUAUAUACACACACAAACAUAUAUAUAUAUAUAUUUGCACACUUAAUCCUUUUUUGUGUUUACAAAAGCCAAAAUGUUUUAAAUACAUUUUUAUUAUCAAUAAUUAAAAAUCAUG